CAGGCCAACAGCCCAGAUGGUUCUUGAGGACCAUUCCAAUAAACGACAAUUUGUUGGGACUGCAGAAGCCCCAUAAAAUAGAUAUCUCCUGAACCUGAAUAUUAUCCCAAUCAGUUCAGUAGCCUUGCCAAUUUAAAAGCUUUUCCUAACGAAUGUUGAGAACAUUAGAAUGUGGGUAUACAGCAAAACGUCAGUACCAGCUGUUGUGGUCUUCUUGCGUGGAUCUUAGGUAUCUCACUGAGGACCCAUGACUGUGAGAACUGAACUCAAUGAAAUAACCAAUGGGUCUGAUUAAUUAUUGUUUGUGUUUGUUUGAUUCGAUUAUCUGAACUGGGUCUUUCAUUUUCUCUUCGUUUGGUGCUUUUGUUGUCAUAUGGGUGUUCUAAUGAUGGCUAGAGAAGAGAGAAUUAGCCUGAUUAGAGUUGGAAGAGUCUGUUUGUUGGCAUAGAAAUUCAGCUCAAGAGAGUCCUAGAUCAGUUGUAUAUACAGAUCAAUUGUCCCUUGUGAUGAUCCGAAAGGCGUGGCUGAAUUUAGGACAAUCAGAAAAUCCAAUACAGUUUUUCGAAAAAUGGAGGGUAAGGAUGAAAGCAAAAGGAUGAAGAAGAAUUUGAAUGUAUCUUGAAUGUACAAGGUAAAACAGAAUGGAAUUGGUCUCUAAUAAAGGGACCACAGAAGAGUUAUAUAAUACAUCCUCAUUCCAGCUCAUGGAGGUCUAUAGAGGAGGUCAGAAACUGAACCAAGUCAUAGACUCAUUGUCGAAGAGGGUGAGUUGUGGCGAGAAGCCCAAAGAUAUGCAAAAGACUUGCUGAGGGGAGCUCUUGAUUUACAGGAUUCUCUAAUCAUGCUUGGCAAGCUACAAGAAGUCUCUAAGUAUAUGUCUAGAUUGAAGAACAAGCAGAUGGAAAAAGGUUCUGGAGAAAGGGCUGAUGAAUUGGGGAUUGAAAGAAUUAAUUCUUAUAGAGGAUUUGAUGAAGUGGGAAUUGAUAGAACUAAAUCGAAUCGAAUAGCUGCUGAAGUGGGUAUUGAAAGAACUAAAUUGAAUCGAAGAGCUGAUGAUGUGGGGAUUGAUAGAACCAAUUCCUAUGGAUUCAGAGAUCACAUUUUGUCAACAGAAUAUCAAAGGCCAAGACUUUCUGCUGAUGGGUUUUCCAGGGAUUGCUAUGAGGAGCUUAGGAAAGCGAUUAGAGACGGUCUUGCUAGACAAAACCUGUUGCCAAAUGUUUCUUCUCAAGAAAAUGUUUAUUUUGAUAGAAGAAAAUUGGACUCACUUACACAAAUCCCCUCCUUUGGCUCAAGCCAUUCCUCAAAGGAUCACUCCCUUCAGUUUACUUCAUCUGACUCUUCAUCAUCAAAGGUUGAACAGGAGAAGCCAAAAGGCCCGAAUUUGAUUGCCAAGCUUAUGGGUGUUGAAGAAAUCCCCUCAAAACCAUUGCAGUCUGAUUCCCAGAAACGGUUAGAGGGCGAUAAGGCUUCGAAUCAGAGUCGCCUGAUCUAUGAUGUUGAUAUGCCAAAGGCUAGGAAGCCUCACUUUGAUGUUCAAAAGGUGGAUCAAAAGUGGAGGACUUUGGAAGAAAUAAUUGAGACUAUGCAAUUCAAAGGGCUUUUGAAACGCAAUUCUGCUGAUGGGUUAAAGAAUCAAACUCAUCAUUCAAUUGUUUCCAAUUUGAGAAAGAGGCUUAUUCAUUAUGCCCCGUCCAUUGUACUCAUAAAACCUGUGCAUGUUCCAUGUCUAGAUGCAGAAGCGUUUCACAAAGAUAAAUCUAUACAUGAAGAGGAAGCUUUGGAUUCUGAAGAGAAGCUUAGAAACUGGAAAAUAAAAGAUGAGGUUCCAACACGAACCAUCAGCAAUCAGGAAGCAGCUUUGAAUUCCCGUUUCACGCCGAAAAAAAAGGAAGUAGAAAACAAUCCAAUCAAAAGGCUUAGGCAGGAAAAAGAAAGCAAGGACCGCAAAGAUGUGCUUGCAAAACCAGAUGAAAGAGAAGUCAAGACUAAGGAAGUGCGAUCUUACAAUAAGCCGAAAGCUUUUAUUCCUGGGAAUCCCAAAUUGCAGAAGAAGGAACCAAUUGAGAAAAAGGUUGACAAAAUCCAAAAGCCAGCAUCUAGUGCAAGGAAACCUGUAGAAAUGGAGAAUGUCACAUCUAAAGGUGUUUCUAAGCUUCACGAUCAAGGCAAAGUGACCUCUACAAAAGUAAGAAGGCCCGAGAGUAGAUCCAACAUUUCAAAGAUUCAGACUCCCCAGGUUUUGUCUAGCAAGACUGUGACACCCACAUCACCGCCUGUAUCUCGUAACUCCUGCAAUCCGAAGAAGAGAAGGCAGUCAGCAAGCCUUUCGGAACUAAUGUUGAAAAUAGAGGAUGCCAGGAUGACGACAUGCUGAUCGAGCGUUAUUGUGAAAAUGAGUCUGAUAUGACAGUCACCAGAAAUACACUGGUGGUACAACUACUUGCUGGGAACAGGACAGAUGCUUCUGAAAUUCUCAUCAAAGAGAAUUGUGACAACAGCCAGAAUUCUCUCUGUGAGGCUACCCUGCUGAUCACCCAACAUGAAAGCAACAAAUCUGUUGCAGAAGCUGACUAUUGCAACACUCGCAGUGUAACCAAGAAGAAAAGUGACAAAAGCAGGCUUAGUUCAAGAGAUCUACUUUUGAGCAGUGCUUCUUUCAUCAGUCACGCAGAGGAGCUAUUUGAUUUUAAUGCUUGUAAACCUUUACAUUUACAUGAUAGUUUACAUGAUUUUGAAACUGCCAAUACCAGAAUGUUAUUGGACUGUGCAAAUGAACUACUGGAGCGUAAAAGCCUACGACACACUUCAAUCGUUCAUCCAAUGUCACAAAACCCGAUAUGGAAUUCAAGAAUUUGCAUCUCCCUGAACCAGUCGGUGGAAGAUGUUUGUGACGAGAUCGAGAGGCUGAGUAGCUAUAGCAGGCUUCCCGGAGAAAGCCUUCCUGUGGAUACUGUUAAUGUGGUGCUGGAAAGAGAUUUAUGGUGCAAGGGAGUGGCGAGUGGAGCAUGGCAUGUGGGAUGGAGGAAUGGAUUUACUUCGGGCGAAGUUGGACAAGUAGUGGGUGAGACAGAGGAGUUGGUUAUAAGUGGGCUAAUUGAAGAGCUGUUUAUGGAUUUUGUGCUUUAGAAUGUUGUAAAUGUUUGGAUUUGUGCAUUUUAGAGGGUCUUCUUAUUAUUUUUUGUAAAUCGUUACUAGAGUUCAUAGUUAUAGCAAAAUAGGUGAAAAAAAUAUUUUUUAUUAUGAGGGCCAUAGUAGACAUUUUUUUGAUCAAACUUUGUCCAGACAUUUGGAAGAAGC